AUGAGCGGUUCAAGCAAAAUUUGCCAAAAAAACAACUCCAACUGCGACUAUUCAAUAUUCAGAUGCAAAUAUUGCAAAGAAGUUUGGCCAAAAUGCUUAAAAAUUAUGGUAUUCAAAGUCACUAAACUCAGAAUAUAGCAGAGAUCCAGAAAUUAAAGAAUUUAACAAAGGAUUCGAUUCAAAUUGAUACUUUUCUAAAUGUACAAGGACAAGGAAACAAUCAGAAUUUUUCAAGAGAAUAACCAUUUUAAAAGAGCAAAGAUGAAUGGUGAUGAUUAUGCUAAUAAAGAAGAUAAGAAUGUUUCAACAAGAUAUCAAAAGUACAUGCAAGCAAAAUAGGAUUAGUGGCAAGAAAGAACAAAGCCAAAUAGAAAUUGA